GCUUCAUCAUCGCGAGUCGCGUGUGACACUCAGGCUAUUGCAUGACGACAGGUAUGCUGACAGGCUGUCGCAGGACAGGUUACCGCAGGUGACCUGGUCGACACCUGCGGACGUGAUGACUGGGGUCCUGCUAACUGGGAAGAUCGACACAAGCUUCCUGGCGACGGAGCUUUCCAGCUUCCAUCCACCAUACGAAUGCAUCUUCGCAGCCCGCCGCGCGAGGGACGUGGAGAGUGAGGCACACGUGCGUGCGGCAGCUGGGUCCCCGCUCGAGCUGCUCGUGCGGCGUGCUGCAUGCGGUGGCGUGGCCGACAUCAGCUGGAGAGUGUGCCCCUGCGGCGCCCUCGUGUGGACCACGGGGCCGCGACGAGACUCCCGCGGGCCUUCUGCGCCGCAUGCAGGCCUUCUGCGCGACAUGCAGGUCCUCGCAGAGGAGAUCAGUUCCCGAGACUCCGGCGGACCGUCGCGCCUUGCGCAACGCGCCGUGCGCAACGCGCUCGGGCUCCGAGGCGCGCCCGAGCAGCGUGUACACGGCUCACUCUCAGCGGACGGCUUCCGAGUGACCCCUGGCGGCAAACUCGUGCAUGAGUUCCCGCCGGUCGAGGAGAACGUGAUCGCGUUCCUGGUUGAGAUGAUGACCGAUAUGAUGCACCCAAAUCAGCAUGGUCAGCUUCACCCCGUCAUCCCUCCAUUUGCCGUGUCGCCGGUGUGACUUGGCGUGCAUUGCCCGCGGCGUCGUUGUGCAGCCGGACGGGGGAGCCGGUGCGUCGUGCGUGCGCCGUGCGUGUACGGACAUCGGUAAAUUACUCCG